AUGUCUUGCGUUCCAGACGAUGCCUAUCUUAAGAUCUUGGCAAGAUUACCAGUGAAAUCAUUGCUUACAUGCAAGUGCGUUUCUAAGUCUUGGUAUCAAAUAAUUUCUGAUCCUUACUUUGCUAAGAUGCACCAUGAUCAUGCUGCCCAAAACAACAACAACCUCCCUAGCAUCAUUGCCAGAGGUGAGCCUCGAGGAAGUUUGGCCAAUAAAGCACUAUACUCCAUUCAUCACGAUAUCCCGUUAUCACAAGUUGAUAACGUCGUCGAAUUGGAUUACCCGUUCAAAUCUUUAAAUUGUAACAAUACGAGUCUUAUGAUUUUGGGUUCAACAAAUGGUUUGAUUUGCUUAAGGUAUCGGAAGCACCUAACAGGAACAGAUUCAUGGAAAACCAGUCAGACCGUGCCUUAUGUGUUUCGUCUUUGCCAGGGGGUGCUCUUCAAGGGAGCUUUGUAUUGGUUUGGCAAACCGGCUGAAACAGGCACCUCCGAGUUCAUAAUCUCUUUGGAUGUCAGAGACGAGGAAUUCAAAAAGUUGCAACUACUAAACCAACUUUCAGAUCAUAAGCUUUAUAUGUCGAUGACGAUGGGAGUAUUGGAACAGCGCCUUUGCGUAUUUGUUAACACGGGGGUUGAUCUUGAAGUUUAG